AUGGAUGGUACAUGGUAUGACAAUGACCAUGCGGCCCAUGCGGAUGAUGAGAAUGAUGAAGGCUGGAAUGCCUGGACUGAUUUGCCAGGGCAGCCAGCGGGACACACGGCACAUGAAGAAGAGCAGACAGUGUCCGAUGAGGAAACUGCCGUGGCGUUGAACGCAUUGGAGGUUUGCGACUUCGAGAACUUUCAUGACGCCGCGGUUGAGGCAGUCCAGCUUCAGUGCGCAGCUCAUAUGGUGAUGGGCAAGGCAGGUAGAGGCAAGGGAUUGUCAGGUGGUAAAGGGAAGAAGGGAUUUCCUGUGGUAAGAAGCUAUCUUUCAGUUGAGGGAGAUGAAGUCUCGAAGCAAGUGCCUGAAGCGUGGGCAGGAGUGGUGACCCGCAGUGUCCGAAGGGACGCGGACUUGGCUUUGAGGAAGUGCUUCAUCGGAUGUGUGUGGGGACGGCCGCUGAAAGCUGUUGGCUCGCGGGAUUUGGCAGACUUGUUGGAUUGGGUUCAGAAUUACCACAUACUCGUGGAGAGACGUGAGGUUCCGCUCAACGAGAUGACAGGAGCGGCUGGAUCUGAGGGCCAGCGCUUUGCGAUCCCGGCAGCAUCAGCUCAUAAGACCGUGAAGGUCAAGCCCCCGAACCCACCUUUGCCGAUUAGCUGUGCGGUGUGUACGAGUCAAGGACAGGGGGAGAUGGGACGGCUUUCAUGGCCGUUGACAAGCUUGAUAUCUUUCAGCGUGAAGAUGUGUUCGGAGUUCUUGACGAUGGGGCGAACAGUUCGGUUUGCGGUGGUACGUGGUGUGACAACGCAACGCCGAGGUGAAGUUGCAGAAGUUGAGAUUCGAGUUCCAUUGCUGAGUGAAGAUGGUGCGUCAUUCAAGGGACUUGGUGGCUCGACAAAGACCUUGGGAGAUAAGAGCAUCGUGUUCUGUGUAAGCUGCGAGAGCAAGGAUGUGAACGGCGAGAACAAGAUCUAUCUCCUCGCCUUUUCAAAGCAAAGCUCAAAAGACAUCUUUGUUGAUCAGUGGGUGCGUGGAGGUCAGAAGCCGCAGCAGCAGAUCAGCCUCGCCAACGGGAACCUCUGGCUUCGCUUUUCAGUGCGACUUGAUUUGGCUGAUGUCGGCCUUACAGAGACUUCCUCGUGCCACGAAGGUGGCUUGAAGCUUCUUCAGACAGACGCAGCAAUGCGUGGGCUCAUUUCUGGCCUCCGCGACUCAGAAGCUGUGGCUCGUUGUUUCUACGACUUCGACGUCAAGGUGUCAGCCACGAAUUUUGAGCACCGUGUGAGACUGAUGCACGGUAAGUACCAGAAGGCAAGCAAGUAUGGGCCCUGGACUCUUACGCGAUUGCGUGGUUGGGAUGAAGCCGGCUGGUUUGCGGAUCCUGCCAGCGACGGAUCUAUCGAGGCGAGGCGCCUCGCCAUCAAGACCCAGAAGGAAAGAGCGGGCGAGCGGAGGCUCUCGACACGGACACAGCUUGCGCCUGUGAAGGAAGCCUUGGCGGCUGUGACGUCGGAGUCCGUCUUCGCAGAGCAGGCCUGUGAUGACGCCUCCUUGUUGCAAAGGACGCACCCCUCCUCGGCGUUCUCGGCUCCUGCGGGUCUUCUUCAAGAACUCCCCUCGGUGGCGUCCAUCACCUUUGCACCUGGAUCGGAGUGGAUGAUGGGAUGGAAGAGACGAUCGCCGUCGGAGAAAGAAGAGCCGGAGCUCCUGCGCAUGGAGCAGAAAGCUUCGCUUCUGGAUACGCCGGUCAUCAGGAUGCUGCGAACUGAGCCGAGUGUGCAAGGCGCCUCCGAGUCCGAGGACGCCUCCGCGUUCUUUGGCUUAGAGCCAAAGCCGGCAGAGGCCGCAACCGAGGCCGAGGCAGCCGAGGCAGCCGAGCCUUCCAGGCCUCCGAGCCUGGAGCAGGCGGCGCCGAAAGCGGUGCCGAAAGCGGCGCCGAAAGCGGUGCCGAAGGAGACGAAAGCGGUGCCGAACGGUACCGCCGUGCCCGCCACGACAGAGCCGCCAGCUCCCGCACCCGAGGCGCCCGAGGCUUCGGAGGCUGGCGCCGCUCCCGCCGCUCCUCCCGCUCCUCAAAGCGACAAAAGCGGCGAAAGCGGCGAAAGCGAAAGAGGCGGAGCUCCCAAAAAGCCGGAGCCGGCAGCAAAAGACGCCGCGAGCUGGAUCGACAUCGUGAUCGGAGCACAAACCGUUCUUCACGUGAAGAACCCGGAGGAGAUCCAAGCGACGAGUUCCGAUCCAAAUCCCCAAGUUGCAACUUUUCGAACGAACAACGUCACGGUGGAGGCCGUCCCUUUGGUUCCCAACGAGCGCCUCUCCGUUUCCCAGACUCUGAAGGGAAACAGGACGCUGCUGGUGGAGGCCUUGGAAGCACUGCAGGCGGGGAGCGCUGGAGCCGACGGGCGGCCCUUUCCAAACGUGGCGACGGCGGCAUUGGCGGCGAUGGAACAGGCGCUGUCGGAAGCUGCGCUGACCAGCCGCGACCUCGAGGAGGUGGAGGUCCUUCAGCGCAGAGCCUUGGAGAAGAGCGAGUCCUUGGAUGAGAAAGCAGCGGAGCUUUCAAAGACCUUGGAGGAUAUUGCCGACGGUGUCUCGGAAGCCAGCCCCCAGCAGGUUGCCAAGGGGGCAGAGGAGGCUCUGCGGCUUCGCGGGCUCUGGCAGGAAGACCAGAACAGCAGCCUCAUGGCCGAGCAGGAGAAGAGAGAGCUUCUGAGUCAGCUUGCAGAGCAGCUGUCGACCGUCGUUCGCUCCGGCGUCACGGCAUUGAAGGCGGUGACCCUGGGCCUGCAUUUGGAGGUGAACCUCACAGCAGCGGCUGCGACCUUCCGGGCGCUCAGCGACGAGAGCUCUGGAAGCAUCUUGCUGCCCGUGGACGGUAUGGCGGGAACAGAAGAAUUCCAACGAUACAAGAAAGUGCUCCUACAAAAACUCAACGACAUCCGGAUUCUGCCACCCGUUGGAACGCCGCUCACCGCAGAGAUCGCCACCAGCAAGGAUGGUCCCAUGACCAUUGAGUUGGUGACCAAGAACGAAACAGCUUCCGAUUUCAAGGCCUUGCAGGAGGAUCUGGAGCUGGCGAGCAGACAGCUGAGGAACGCGACCUCCCAUGUCCAGGAGAUGGCCAAGGAGGUGGAGGCCGCGGACGCAGCGGCUCGCAGCCUGGACCUGGUGGCCUCGAAGAAGCAGAAUCUCACGCAAGAGCUGCUCAGCAUCGUGGAAGCAACGGAGAAGCUCUCAAAGGGGAUCAGCGAUUUCCCCGAGGGCGAGGCUGGCAUCUCGGUUGCAACUUCCGUGGCCAACCGAUCAGCAGCUCUUGAAGAAGGUGCCAGCAAGGCGCGGACAGUCGCAGCGCUCCUACGAUCUGCAGAGCUCGACUUCGAGGAGUCCCUGAACCGGUCGACGGAGGCUACAGCACGGCUCGCCGGCGCCGGUCACGAUGCGCAGUCACAGCUCCUGGAGGUGCCAAAAGGGCGGGCCGGGCGGCAGCUGUGCUUGGCUUGUGUGCAGGCGCUCCAGGCCUCCGCCAGCGGCCUCCGCCUGGCGAACGCCAGCGGCGCCAAGGUGGAUCUUUCUGGGCUCCUGGAGCUUUUUGGCAAAGGCACCUUGGGGGUUGCUGGAGAGGAUCUUGUGCCGAUUUUUCGAGCGAACGUCACCACCUCCCAAAUUGCAAAUCUGCCCUACGACCGCUUCUUCGCGCCGGCUUCAACGACCUCCUCGACGAAGGCCGAGGAGGCCGAGGCAGCCGAGGCAGCCGAGGCCGAGGCAGCCGAGGUGCCAAGCACCUCAAGCAGACAAAACCAGAGAGAGGAAGAGGACAACUGGAUGCCCAAAGCUGUGCUUUUCAGCAUGGCCUGCGUCCUCUCGCUCCUCGUGGCCGUCCUGUAUUGGCCCAUGGCCUGA